CAGCCUACUGUGAUAAUAGUACAGCAAUUGACAGUACAGUGGAAAAUAUCGUGGAUGUGGGUGCGUGACAUUAUUCACUGGAAAAGUUACGACUUAAUCUAAAAUGUCAUCGCCUACACAAGUGUUAAAAAGUGUUGGCCUAAAACUAGUCCCGUUCUUUAAAAGCGUGUCUGUGUAUUUUAUAUUACUAGCAGAGCAGCCGUCCCUACUGACGGCCGGUUUCAAGUGUUUGCCAAUCAUAAGCCUUAUCGUCUUUGUUCUCCUUCAUGGAAUUAGUUUGUCACAGGAAUACACCUUCUCCAGGCGUAUAUUAACUGGACUGAUAUUCAGUUGCAUAGGAGAUGCACUGCUAGUUUGGCCGAGUUGUUUCACGGCGGGAAUGUGUAUGUUUGCUCUUGCUCAGAUCAUGUACAUCAGUGCGUUCGGUUUUAUACCACUGAACAUAAUGCUAGGUACAAUUUUAUACGCGAUGUGUUCCCUAGUCAUAUACGCUCUGAUGCCUGGCCUGAACGGUGUUCUGGUCAUUGGCGUUCCAGUUUACACCAUGUUAUUGACCACCAUGGCAUGGAGAGCAAUAUCGAGAAUACAAUUUUACAAGGAGUUAUGGACGUGGACUAAAUUAUGCAGCGGCAUCGGCAGUAUAUGUUUCCUCAUAUCCGAUACGUUGCUCGGCUUCCACUACUUCUACUCUCCGUUGCCUUACUCUCAGGUCUCGAUCAUGCUGACGUACUACGCAGCUCAGCUGGGAAUCGCUCUGAGCGCUGUAGGCCCUAAAAAUAACAACAGCGUUAACAACAAUAGAAACGAGCCGGUCCUGGUAAAGGGUUGAAAGUCUUUUAUCAAUAGACUGUACAUAGGAAUCAAACGAUCGACUCUUAUGCCUCUCAAAAUAAUUAGAUGGUGAUCAAGAAUGAAAGAAAUAUCUAAAACGAACCUUAGCUCGUACCUACUGUAGCGUAAUUUAUCAUACUAAAUAGGUACAAUGAUUCACGGUGGCCGAGAAACUGAAGUCGUUUAACACUGCCACCUUCCUAAGGCAAGAGUUUGUAUCCCCCGUAACUACA